CGUGUUUUAUUUCCUGAAUUAGUCAUUUUGUUGUCGCCUUACGCUUUCAUCUCGUAUCCUCUCACCUUGCAUUAGAUUCGGUGGUCGAUUUUCCUCUCAGAGUCCGUUCAGACGGCAGCCAAUACUCCAUGGUAUGCCGUUCAGUCAUCUGUGAACCCAGCUGACUGUCCAGUCACUUAGUUGACUGGCUCAUCUCCCGACCCAGUCAGCUGACCAUGAAUGACAAUCUGCCGGUCGGCCGUUGUCAUGGCAACCCGGGAAACAGGCGACUUCUGGCGAGCUGGUGCCGCAAUCAAUCGGCGGCCGGCGCGCGCGCAGCCGCCGCCGCCUCGGCGGAGCGCCGCUGACAGUCGGCGGCCGGCGGCGGCACGGGUGCGGUGCGUGCGGCGGGGAAUGUGAACGCCGGAGCCGGAGCCGGAGCCGGGAGCCGAGUGCCGGAGCCGUGCUGAGGCGAUGGCGUCCGUGGCCGCGUGGCUGCCGUUCGCCCGCGCGGCGGCCAUCGGUUGGGUGCCGAUCGCCAACCAGCCACUGCCGGAACCGCCCGUGGCGCGCGACCGGCGCCGCGCCGAUGAUGAGAAGCUCAUCAUCAACGUGUCCGGUAGGAAAUUCGAGACUUGGCGCAACACGGUGGAAAAAUACCCGGACUCGCUGCUCGGCUCCAACGAGCGUGACUUUUUCUAUGAGGAGGACACGAAAGAGUAUUUUUUCGACCGGGAUCCAGACAUUUUCCGGCAUAUCCUUAACUAUUACCGCACGGGGAAGCUGCAUUACCCGAAACACGAGUGUCUGACCAGCUACGACGAGGAGCUGGCCUUUUUCGGAAUCAUUCCAGACGUGAUCGGAGACUGCUGCUAUGAGGACUAUCGAGACAGGAAACGUGAGAACGCCGAACGCCUUCUCGACGACAAAAUGUCAGAGAACGGCGAGGGCACGCUCGUGCCGCUGGCCAGUCUGCGCGAGAAGAUGUGGCGCGCCUUCGAGAACCCCCACACCUCGACGGCGGCUCUGGUGUUCUACUACGUCACCGGCUUCUUCAUCGCCGUCUCCGUGCUGGCUAACGUAGCGGAAACGGUCUCCUGCGGAGAGGUGCCUGGCAAGGCAGAGCCGCUGCCGUGCGGUGAGCGCUACGAGGUCAUCUUCUUCUGCCUAGACACGGCAUGCGUGAUGAUCUUCACGGCCGAGUACCUGCUGCGCCUGUACGCUGCGCCCGACCGCUGCAAGUUCGUGCGCAGCGUGAUGAGCAUCAUCGACGUGGUGGCCAUCCUGCCCUACUACAUCGGACUGGGCAUCACCGAUAACGACGACGUGUCCGGCGCGUUCGUCACGCUCCGGGUGUUCCGCGUCUGUCGGAUCUUCAAGUUCUCGCGUCAUUCCCAGGGACUGCGCAUCCUCGGCUACACGCUCAAGUCGUGCGCCAAGGAGCUGGGCUUCCUGGUGUUCUCGCUCGCAAUGGCCAUCAUCAUUUUCGCCACCGUCAUGUUCUAUGCCGAGAAGAAGCAGAAGGGCUCGACGUUUACGUCCAUUCCGGCGUCCUUCUGGUACACGAUUGUUACCAUGACGACACUUGGGUGA